AUUAGUCAUUCAUACAACCACGAAACUUCCAAAAUACUAAUAAUAUAAUUAAUACUCUUCAUGUUGCUUUUGAAUUCAAAGAUACCACCGUUCAUUUUUCUUCAAAAUCAUGUCUAUAUAUAGAAACCUCCAUUCUUGAAUUUUAACCAAUUCACAAAAUAUCCCCCCAAAAAGCAAAAAAAAAUAAAAUAAUCACUUUGAAUUUCAAGAAUUCUAAAAUCUCAAGAAAAAUAAAAAUUGAGUCAUUAUAUUGAAUUUCAAGAAUUUCCAUCAUUCUUGAAUUGCCUAAAUCCAUAAAAAUUGAUUCUUUACCUUGAAUUUCAAGAAUUGCCAACUUUCUUGACUUGCCCAAAUCACAAAAAGUCUAAAGAAAGCACAGAAAUUGAGUCUUUACAUUGAAUUUUAAGUUCUUGAAUUACCCAAAUCACAAAAAAUUCAAAAAAAGCACAAAAAUUGAGUCUUUACAUUGAAUUUCAAGUUUCUUGAAUCACCAAAUCACAAAAAUCUCCAAAAAAGCAUAAAAAUUGAGUCUUGACAUUGAAUUUCAAGAACCCCAAAGUUUAAAGAUGCCACCUUUUGCCGGAUCUCAUCCACUUUCCCAUGGUUUUUCAAGAAACUCAAUUGAUUCAUAUUCAAAUAUUGUGACCAUUGAUGUUGGUGGUCAGCUUUUUCAAACAACCAAACAGACCUUAAAACAAUCAGGUUCAAAAUCCCUUCUUUCUGAAAUUUCAGGUUCAGAUUUUGAUGGUUCAAUUCCUUUCAUUGAUAGAGAUCCUGAGAUGUUUUCAAUUUUGCUAUCCCUUUUAAGAACUGGAAAUUUACCUUCAAAAGCUAAAAGUUUUGAUAUUCAAGAUUUGGUUUUUGAGUCUCAGUUUUAUGGUGUUGAGCAUCUUUUGUUGAAUUCCCAAUCUAACCCCUCUCAGUUUGAGCCUUUUGAUCUUGAAAAAUCAUUGAUUUUGCCCUUAAGUGGUAGAGAUUCACCUACUGCUAUUGCCACUACUCAGCUUGGUGAAGUUCAAGUUGCUCAUGGUUGUAAAAUCACUUCAUUUGAUUGGUCAUUGAAGAGAAAAUCAACCAUUUUGACACAAUUUGCUGGUAUUGAUUCUAUGUUGUCAUUGUCAGCAAAUGUUGUUGCUGUUGGUGCUACUGACUUUUCAGGAUUACAGAUUCUUGAUGUUAGUAAAGGGUGUGUUAAUGAGACUUUGAAUUGGGAAAAUGUGACUAAGUCUGGAUCAACUGUACAAGGAAUUGGUGCCUCAAGAGAUUUGUUGUUUACGAGCUUCGAAUCAUCUAGGAGGAAUUCGAAUUGUAUAAUGGUAUACGAUUUGAAUAACGAUGGUUUUAGGCCUGUUGCUGAGAUUGGACAUUACGAAAUCUUUGGUGCUGAAUUGGAUUCAGCUAUUCCAGCUACUAAACUUAGUUGGAUAUCUAGUCAUAACUUGUUGAUGGCUGCUGGUUCACAUAGUGGACCUUCUGGUGUUAGAGGGAACAUUAGGUUCUGGGAUCUAAGGUCCGGGAGCGCUGUGUGGGAGAUCAAGGAAAACGUUGAUUGUUUCUCUGAUUGCACAGUUUCGGAUGAUCUUUCAGCUAUACUGAAAGUCGGUGUGCAUUCAGGCGAAGUUUUCAUUUUGGAUUUGAGGAAUAUUGGUAACGAAAAUUCUUGGACUUGUCUUGGUGAUCAAAGAAGAGUAACAAAUGGUAAGAAAGAAGGUGUUGGGAGUAAAAUUGAGAGUCAUGGAACUCAAGUCUUUUGUAGUAAAGGCGGAAAUUUGGAGUUGUGGUCUGAGGUUUUGAUUGGUUCUUCGAUUAAAGACAGAGUCUUUAGGAAGAACUCGAUGGGGAGAGCGAAAGAUAGUUGUGGAAAUAAGAUAACUCAUUUCACCUUUGGAGGUAACAAAAUGUUUGUUACAAGGAAAGAUCAGCAAUUCGUUGAAGUAUGGCAGAGUUCAGUAAGGGGAUUCUAAGUUCUGCAGCCUUGUUUUCGACAAUGCUGAAGCAUCCGUGUCAUAUCGGUCAAAAAUGCACUACUUCUACAGGAUCUGACACGUAAUCCUGGUUGUUCAAUCAUUUGAUAAAUGAUCAUUAUGAGUCGGACAUUUUUGAAGAGUACGAGCAAACAUAGUUGGCAGGAGUUUGGAAAUUUUCGUGAGUGACCAUCUUAUUUUCAAUAUUUGAUUCUUGUUGUUCAUUAUUACUAUUAAUUUAUCUGUGAAUACUUUCUUUAGUUCAGUGCACAAGUUGUAUGUACAUGAAGCAGAGUGGAAUAUCAAACUUUAGUUUACUACGA